AGUUAAAGUUGGUAAGCAUCAAAUAUUAAAUUAUUCAUUAAUUAGUUGCGUUAUAUUCGUUUAUUAAUUCAUAACGUUGUCACUCGACGCCGAUCUAAACCUUAUAUGGCGCAGUCGACAGUGGAAAGAACAUUUCAUUAACAAAAUUGUUAAUAUUAAACUUUUAGAACUUCGUUUCAACGGUCGCCAUUAACGACGAGCAAAAAUCAAGAGUUUAGAUUGUUCAAACGUAUUAAACAAAAGAUAUCAAUUCAUAGAAGUUAUAAAUUCGAAGAAGUAGAUUAUUACUAAUAUCGUAAAUUCUAAAUUGAAAAAGAAUUAAUUUUAACGUUGGAAUUUGCUCGCCAUUACGUAGGCCUGACACUCUUCAGUCGUUUCUCGCCAAGAACGCUAAAUAGAUCUCGCCAAGAUCGGUCGCCUAUCGACACGAGCAUUUGUUAUAAAUUCGCAUUUCCGGUCAAAGUUGAAAACUUCGCUUCAGAAUUAUGACAACCAUAAACGACGAGUUGAACUCUUUAACGUCAGAAGAUAUAAAACACUUUACUGUCGCCCAGUUGAAAGCCGAUUUACGUUUGCGGAAUCUUUCUCUUGUUGGAAGCAAAGACUGUUUAAUUUCUCGCAUCGUGGAUGAUAAUAUAAAAAGAAAACAGCAGGGAAAUUUAGACGAACUCGCUACUCUUAGGAUGCGUUCGAGUGACAAAGAUGAUGAUGCUAAAAUGAUUCCUGACAGCGCAGAAUUAUUAAAGCAAAUCCAACUAUUACAAAAACAAGUCGAAACCCUAAAUAAUCGCAACAAUACGCCACAAAUUCCUGCACCUACUUCGCAACUGGAUCCUAAUAUUGCUGCAGUCCUGACUACGCUAAUGGAAUCCCAAAAACAGUUGAUUGAGAGACAAAUAAAUUCGCCAAGUACUAUUCAAAUCACGUCAACUAAUGACACGGCAAAUUCCAUUCCGAUAUUUCGUGGUGAUAUGAUUGAUAAUGCGCUCGAGUGGCUAAAAGAAGUUGAAAGAAUUUCAACAUUGGCAAACUGGACUGAUGAACUCAAAUUGACUAAUACUAUCUCACGUCUCGCUGGAUCUGCUAGAAAUUGGCAAUUAACUCAAGGUAACCGUUACAAUAAUUGGAUAGAAUGGAAAGUUGCCCUUACAUCAAGAUUUAAAAGACGUAUUACUAUGCAAGAAUUUUUAGCUUAUCAAGCUGAUCGGAAACUAAAAAGGAACGAAAGCUUGGUUGAUUACAUAUAUGCCAAAGACGCUCUCUUGGAAAAAGCUCCUUUUACUAUCCCACAGCCAGAUCGAAUUUCAAUGAUCAUUGGUGACAUCACUGAAGAAAAAUGGCAGAUUGCCUUAGCUACACAGAACUCUAAUACUGUCGAAGAGUUAAUUGACAGAGCAAUGGCACUUGAUGCAAUUCGAAACAUGCAGCACGAAUAUAAAUCACGCCAACCUUACGGAUCACGCCCAUCACCGAAAAUUACACCAAUAUCUUCAAAUCCGUAUAAUGAACAACUUCGCAAGUAUAACCCUGAAACCGAUGAUCUUCGCGAUAUCACCUGUUGGAGAUGUGGAACCAGAGGUCACGCAUCGUUCAUGUGCAGUUUACCGCCUCCUCAAAAAGGUUCAUCAAUUGCUCGCCCAAAAAAUUCACCGAGUCGUUUUGAAGAAAUUCAGAACCGUCAAACGAACGAUUCUUCUCAGCAUAUCGAAAACACAACUAAUCCCAAUAAUUUAUCACCACAUGGCGUUACAGGCCCAAAGUUUACAGAUUUACGUCGCAAUACUAAACGAAAUUCAGCAACACGACCAGAGCCUAAAAGAGCAAAUGACUCUAACUCUAUAAACUGCAUUAAGACCGAUAUAAAAAUACCUGCUACCAUUAACAAUCAAACCGAAGUUCAAGCACUCUGUGAUCCAUGCGCAGAUAUCACAGUUAUUCAGCAAUCGUGCGUUCCACUUGAUUGUGUCAUUCAUCCGUGGACCGAUGGUGAAUUCCAAGUUGUUGAUCACGAAAUAAAGCCCAUAGGUUGGAUAUCCUUAAAUAUCAAGAUUGAAAACAUUGAUCGUCUAAUGCCAAAAAUUGGAAUUUGCAAACAACUUCCAUUCUCGUUAAUCCUAGGAUUCGACUGGCAACAACAAGUUCAAGCCAGAUGCACUUACGAUCCUAACGGCUCAUUAUGUAUCUCUACACCAUCUGCACUUCAUCUGUACGUCACGCGUCUAAAAACAGUAUCAGCUGUAUUUCUUCAAAUGAUACCUCAUUACCGCCAUUAG